AUGAGGUCCUGACAGUUACCGAAGGUAAAGUCACAACUUACUUGGUAGAAAUGUGUUGACAAAUGGAUCUUCUGUCUACUGACAUUAAAGACUUCUGUUGUACCAAAUAGGAUACUCAAAUUGAAAUGGAUGAGUUUCCAGGUGCAUGUAACAUAUGAAGUAUAAACAACAUGAAAUAAAUAAUAUAAAUAAGACUAAGAGGAAGAAUGGGACUGAAGCAAUUAUAAAAUGCCAUCCUUAAAACAACCUCAUGACUAGAAUGACAGGAUUCUAUCAGAACUUUAAAGAACUAACAGCAAAUCAACUUAACAUUUAAUACUUCUUGCCCGAAAAAAAUCAAGACUUCCUGACUAUUACCUGAUACUAAGGCAGAUAAUGAACCUGACAUGUGGAGCAUGCCUUUAAUCCUAGCAAUUCCACAGGCAGGGAAGGCAGACCUCAGUGAGUUCAAGGCCAUCUUGGCCCCCAAAACUAUAAAACAAGCAAGCAAGCAAACAAAUCAACAAACAAAAAACCCACCACAUACUGGUACAACCAAAAAGAAAUUACACUCUGAUGUUAAAAUUAAACAACUGGUCUGGUCACAUUAGCACAGGUCUUUAAACACAGGUUCAUACAGAGAAACGCUGUCUACAAUGAAGGAAUGAAUAACCCGUCCCCCAAAUUUUCUGUUAGAUAUUUCACAGACACAGACACGUCACAUCAUUGUGUGUUUCUGUGCCAAUUUCAAACACUACCCACCCUCAUCUCCUCCCUCCCCUGUCCUGGUCCACAAUUCCAACAAUUACCCUAUGAUUGUUCAUCCCUAUUCGUCUUGCCUGGACCCACUGAGAUGAACUAGAGUCAUUUGUGAGACUGGGUUUGGAGCUAUGUGCUGGAGCCUGAGUGCUCAGCACAGGAUAACAACUAUAGGCAGUGAUUCUUCUACAAUCUAUCCAUAGCCAACAUCUGAGAGAUAAAGUGAGCCAUUCCCUUUCCUAGACUGACUGUGGUUUUCUGUGAGGCCAGUGCAGCCAAGGACAGUUGCUGUUGGUUACUCAUUACAGUAGUUGUAUGGAGUCUAGAGAAUGGCCUGUCUUACUUCCUCCUCUUUCCCUUACUUCCUAACCACCUCUUGUCUCUCAGUGUUCCCAGAGCUGGAGGUGGUAUGGAGUAACAGACAUUUUCAGGACUAGAACCAUGUGCUUUACUUAUCUUUUGCAUCUUGCCAAGCGUCUGCAUCCACCAGACAUCUGUUUCCCUUCAUAUCAAAUUUAGCUUGAGUCACGGAGCAGUAAAAUGAGUUGGUAAAAUGACAAGACCGCCAUCUAGUGGUAAAAGCAGUACAUCGCGGAAUGAAUUCUGCCCUAAGCUGUUAGCAAAACGAACACUUUUUUAGACACUUUUUUCCCCCUCAAAAUCCAAGUUCUUUGAAUAUCUGUACCAAAGUCAAAAUUUCAGACUUUGGUUUUGGCUUCGCAUAUUUGUGUGUUGGGGAUGGGACUCUGGCUUCUCAAGUUAGCCUGUUAUUGUUUUGUAUGAAGUAGGCUUGUUUUAGGCUAUUUUGCAUGCGAAGGAUUCAGAAACCAGGAUGGGGAGUCAGAUACCGGGUGCAGAGUCCUAUCAAACCCAGUUCUGGUCUAGGCUGGCAGUCGUCAUGGGGAGGCUGUGCAGAUCGGGUCCAGGGCAGCCUGACAGCUCGAGCUGUGUGACAGGAAGCCUGAGACAGAGUGGGAGGGACCGGUCUUCGCCGAGCAGGAAUACACACCCAGAAACAUGGUGGAAGGUUGUUAGCCCUUAGGUGGGGGUUGAAAAAAAAUAGUUCCGAGUGGGAGGAAUUAGAGGAGUGACGUAAACGGAAGCUGGAAACUGGGUGUGGGAGGCUGGAGACCUGAGACAGAGAACCAAAGACAGAAGUAUCAUCAGCCCGUUCAAGUCCAGAGCUCCAGGCCCUGCACCGCGGGGAAUCGCGAGGUACAGACCUGGAGUCGGAGGACAUAGGACUUCGUGGGAAGGUAAAACUCCCAGCAGCCGCGGAAAGUCAGCAAUCAGUAAUCGGCAGCGAAGCGGCGGGAACUGGAGCCAGGCCAGGGCUCACUGAUCACCCAGACCUUCGUACCUGUGGAGACCUGGAAGGUGGAGAGGGAGGAGACAGUAGCUAAGGAUUCAGGCUGCAGGCUAGCUAUUCAUUGUUCCUGAAAGGGAAAUUCAAAGAAGAGAAACAGAAAGAAAUGGCUAAUUCUCCAAUAAACAUGUCCCAGAAAUAGGGUAUUACUAUGGAACCUUGGCUGAUCAGAAAUUCAGUAUUCCAGGCUGGCCUUCAACUCACAGAGAUCUGCUUGACUCUGCCUGCCGAGUGUAGGGAUUAAAGCUGUGAGUCACCACCAAUCAUUUUGUAAUGUCCUGACUGUUGCCCAAAUGAGUUAAAAAAUGGAGCAUAUGCCUACUAAUAUUAAAGACUUCUAUUACCCUAAAUUGGAAGGCUAAUUGAAAUACAUGAGGUUCCAGAUGCAUAUAACACACCAAAUAUAAACAACAUGAAAUAAAUAAUAUGAACAAAACUUCAAGUAGGAAUAUAACUCAAGCAAUUAUAAAAUGCAACCCAGAAAACAACCCCUCGACCGGAUUAACAGUAAUGUAUUACAACUUCUAAGAACAAACAGCAAAGCUACAUUUAAUACUUCUUGACACAAAAAAGCAAGACUUCCUGACUCUAUUAUCUGACAUUUAAGCAGAUAAUGAGCCCAGCAUGGUGGCACAUGCCUUUAGAGAGGCAGAGUAGGCUGAUCGCAGUGAUUUCAAACCUAGCAUGUCUCAAAAACCAGAGCAAGUGAGUGAGUGAGCGAGAGAGAGAGAGAGAGAGAGAGAGAGAGAGAGAGAGAUAUCCCACCAAAUGCUGGUUGAUGUAGUCAUUAGAAAAAUAUUUGAGGGACUGGAGAGAUGACACUGCAGUUAAGAGCGCUGAGUUCAAUUCCCAGCAACCACAUGGUGGCUCAUAAUGACCUGUAAUGGUAUCUCAUGCCCUCUUGUGGGGUCUCUGGAGACAACAACAGUGUACUUACAUGCAUAAAAUAACUAAAUUAAAAAAAAAAACCAAAACAAAACAGUAUUUGAGUUGAAAAUAGUGGCACAUGCCUUCAAACACAAGUUUCCACAGAAAAGCCCUGUCUUGAAUGAAUGAGUGAAUGGCCCUCUCAAACUUCUAUUAUUAGUUAUUUAAUACUGACAUUCAUAUGUGUAUAACAUAUGUAUAUAGACACAGUGUGUGUGUGUGUGUGUGUGUGCAUGCAUUUGUAUCAGCACAUCUAAUUCUGCUCACUCACACCUCCUACCUCUCCACCAUACUUGUCCACAGUUCCAACAGCCACUCUACUGUGUUCAUAUCUAUUCAUAUUGCCUAGGGUCCACUGAGGUCAACCAGAGCCAUUUGUGAGGCUGAGGGUUUGGAGUUAUGUGCUGGAGCCUGAGUGCUCAGCAGAGGAUGACAACUAAAGCAGUGAUUCUUCCACAAUAUAUCCAUAGCCAACGUCUGAGAGGGUCACUAGCCAACUAUUCAUUCUUCUUCAAAGAGGAAAAUCAAAGAGAAACGGAAAGAAAUGGCUGAUUCUUCAGUCAACAUGUCCAAGCGUCUGUUGACAUUCCGAGAUGUGGCUGUGGACUUCUCCCAGGAGGAGUGGGAAUGCCUGGACUCUGCUCAGAGGACUUUGUAUAUUGAAGUGAUGGUCGAGAAUUAUACCAACCUGGUGUCUGUGGAGAAUUAUUCUAUACGUGGUACUGUCCAUCGACCUCUGAGGACUGAAAAGGUGUCUUGUCAGUCUAAUAAGCGUGGUGAAAUAUUUCAUGGUUCCUCCAACUGUGUACUUUAUAAAAGAAGUGACACUACAGAAACCUCUAAUAACUACAGAUGCUGUAAGGACAGGGAUGCCUCUGUUGACUCAUCAGAGCCAGGUCAACAUACAAGCACGCACACUGGAGAAGAACCUUGUGAACCUAAAGACUGUGAGAAAUCUUCUAGUUUGUGUUCCAACAUUGCUCAAGAUCAGCGAACAAACACUGCAAACAAGGAACAGAGACAAGAAAAACGUGAUGACCAUUUCAGUUCUACACACAGUCUCAUACAACAAAUAAUCUACAUUAGAGAGAAACGACACCAGUGUGCGCAGUGCAAGAAGUCCUUCCGUACCUCCGCAAACCUCACUAUACAUCAGAGAAUUCAUACUGGAGAGAAACCCUACAAGUGCAACUUUUGUGACAAAGCCUUUGCCCAGUGUACAACUCUUAAAACGCACCAACGCCUUCAUACUGGAGAGAAGCCUUACAAAUGCAAAGAAUGUGGCAAAUCAUUUCCUCAGUUGUCAGGACUUAAAAGCCAUCAGAAAAUGCAUACUGGAGAGAAGCCUUACAAAUGUAAGGACUGUGACAGAUUCUUUGCCCACUGUUCCAGUUUCAGGAGACAUCAGAAAACCCAUAGUGCUAAGAAUAAGCAACAUUAUACUGACCCAAAUUGUGGUAAAGACUUGCAUCAGCUUUCACACUUUAAAAGCCAUCACAGCCUUCAUACUGCAGAGAAGCCUUACAGAUGCAGUGACUGUGAUAGAUCCUUUACCCACUAUGAAUUAUUUAGAGUUCAUCAGAAAACUCAUUCUUCAGAAAUAGAUUAUGAAUGCAAAAAAUGUGGUCAGUCCUUUACUGAAUUAUCAGAACUUAAAAGGCAUUACAUAAUCCAUGCUGGUACAAAAGAUUACAAAUGUAGAGAAUGUGAUAAGUCCUUUACCCAGUACUCAACUCUUCAACGCCAUCUGGCAAUUCAUAUUGGAGAAAGACAUUACAAAUGUAAGGAAUGUGACAAAGCCUUUCUUCAUAACUCACAUCUUAGAAGACAUCAGAGUGUUCAUACUGGAGAGAAGCCUUAUAGAUGUAAGGAAUGUGACAAAUCUUUUACUAGAAGCUCAAUUCUUAAACAACAUCAGAAAAUUCAUACUAAAGAGCAGCCUUACAAAUGUGUGGAAUGCGACAAAUCCUUUUCACAGCCCACACAUCUAAGAACACAUCUGAGAGUUCAUACUAAAGAAAAACCUUAUAGGUGUACUGUAUGUGACAAAUCCUUUACUACGAGUGCAACUCUUAGAAUACAUCAUAGAGUUCAUACUGGAGAAAGACCAUACAAAUGUACGGAGUGCAACAAAUCUUUUCGUGAAGGCACAACUCUUAGAGCACAUAAGAAAAUUCAUACUGGGGAGAAACCUUACAAAUGUAAGGAAUGUGACAAAUCCUUUAUCAGGUAUGCACAUCUUCAAAGACAUCAGAGAGUUCAUACAGGAGAGAAACCUUACAAAUGUAUGGAAUGUGGCAAAUCUUUUACUGAGUGCUUUCUUCUUAGAAAGCAUCAGAGAAUUCAUACUGGAGAGAAACCUUACAAAUGCCAAAACUGUGACAUAUCAUUUUUGUGUAUUUCAAAUCUUAGACAACAUCAGAAAACUCAUACUGAAGAAAAACAUCCUGUUGUAAAUAAUGUGAUAUAACAUUUAUCUGGUGUUCUCUGCUUACAGAUCACAAGGAGAUAAGUAGUAGACCCACAAAGAUAACAAGCUUGUGAAAUCCUUUAAUAAAGAUUGAAAUCUUUAGAAGUAUAACAAAGUUUAUAUUAAAAUAAAAUUCUGUACAUGUCA